CCCUCUUUUUUCUCUCCUUUUCGUUUCCUCCUCUCUCCCACGAUUCCCUCUUCCCCUGCUCGCCAUCGUCGCCUCUUCACCGUCACAGUCCACAUCUCCCUCCGGCUCCGUCCCACAUCCUCCGUCGUGGGCUAUGUCUUAGAUGGUGACUGCCCCUGUACUCCGAGCAACACCAAACUUGCCGUAACUCUCCAUCUCCUUCCACAAGUUUGGCACUGUGAAGGGAUCGACGGAGAAGACGAUGACCCUCCUCACCUUCCUGAAAAAGAUGACGACUCGUCUCCCCUUCCUACAAUGUCCAUCCUCCCCUUCCCGGCGACGACGACGGAGAAUCUGUGGUGCUCGGAGGGAGUCAGCAGGUGCAAAAAUGUGCUG